UGGCGUGUGAGGGCCGCGGUUGGGGUUGCGGGCCGGGUGGUGGGAGCUCGGUGCUCCAGGACGGGCGGAGCCGGCCGCUGCAGGUGACGGAGGCGCAGCGAGGGCCGCCGCGGCCCUGUGGAGUUCCAAAAGAUGAGUCGUGGAUAUUCAGAAAACAACAAUUUCCUGAAUAAUAACAACCAAAUGGUGUUGGACAUGCUUCUUUAUCCAUUAAUCGGAAUCCAUCAGUCCAUCAACUGGGAAACUGUGGCAAGGCUUGUGCCUGGACUAACACCCAAAGAGUGUGCAAAAAGGUUUGAUGAACUGAAGAGCAGUGGAAGCUCACCUGUUGACAACCAGUAUAGUUCCCUAAUGGCUGGAGAGAGUCCUGUUGAAACUUUAGCUACUUAUAUCAAAUCCUCGCUUCUUGACAUACAGGGAGAAUUUCAGGAGACUCCAGUUGGUCAGGAUGCAGUUUCCAAAACAGGAAGACAUAGUAUAGCUUCCACAAGGAAUUGUUCUUCAGAAAGUGAAAAUUGUACUACUCGUAAUGGUGGAGAAAAGACUGAAGAAUCUGAAGGGCCAAACAUGGUGAUCCAUGUAUGUGAUGAAGCAAAAAACUUGAAAGAAGAUUUUAUUUGUCCACGAGAUCUUUUGGUAUCAGAAAUGAAGUACUUUGCUGAAUAUUUAUCUAUGGAUGCCCAGCGCUGGGAAGAGGUGGACAUUUCAGUUCAUUGUGACGUUCACAUUUUCAACUGGUUAAUAAAAUAUGUUAAAAGGAACACUAAGGAGAAUAAAGAUUGUGAGAUGCCCACUUUAGAGCCAGGAAAUGUCAUUUCAAUUCUUAUUUCUUCAGAGUUUUUGAAAAUGGAUUCAUUAGUUGAACAAUGUAUUCAGUAUUGCCACAAAAAUAUGGAUGCCAUAGUAGCUACCCCAUGCAACAUGAACUGUAUUAAUGCAAAUCUUCUUACAUGUAUAGCUGAUCUGUUCACACACAGUGAGGUUGAUGAUUUAAAGGACAAGAAAGAUAAGUUUAGGAGUAAACUUUUUUGUAAGAAGAUUGAGAGGCUGUUUGAUCCUGAGUACUUGAAUCCAGAUUCUCGGAAUAAUGCAGCAACCUUAUACAGAUGCUGUUUGUGUAAGAAACUUUUAACAAAAGACACAGACAGAAGAAUUCCAUGUAUUCCUGGAAAAAUUAAUGUGGAUCGACAUGGAAAUAUUGUCUAUGUUCACUUAAGAGAUAAGACUUGGGAUGUUCAUGAGUAUUUGAAUAGUCUUUUUGAAGAAUUAAAAUCUUGGAGAGAUGUAUAUUGGCGCUUGUGGGGAACAGUCAACUGGCUAACUUGUUCAAGAUGUUAUCAGGCUUUUCUCUGUAUAGAAUUUUCACAUUGUCAGUACCACCCAGAAGCAGUGGUUUAUCCUCCAGCAACAAGUUCACUGAGUACUGUGGGCACUGGAAUUUAUCCCUGCUGUAACCAAAAGGUUCUUCGGUUUGAUCCUACUCAGCUUACAAAGGGUUGUGAACUGAGGGACCACGUGGUUGCUUUUCCUGAUCUUGGUGAAGGUGGAGAUUUGCUGUCCUGUCCAACUGCUAGAAUACUGGAAGAUCUGCACAAACACAAAGAUGUCAUUGUUGUGCCUUUUUCUAAAGAUACUGUUAGUGAUUCUGGGGUUGGUCCCUGUGAUGAGAAGGGUCUAGACUGUGAUGUUUUACUGGAGCCAAAUACACCAUGGGGCCCCAAAACUGGGGAGCUCAAUGCCUUUUUGUCACUGAAAAACUGGACUCUGCAAUUGAAACAACAGUCAUUAUUUUCAGAAGAAGAAGAAUAUACUACCGGAUCUGAGGUCACUGAAGAUGAAGUUGGAGAUGAAGAAGAAGUAUCCAAGAAACAAAGGAAAAAGGAGAAGCCAAAGAAGUUCACCAAACAACCAAAAAAGCAGAUGUCUUCACCCUGUGGUCAGAAGAAAGAAAAGGCAUUGGAGAAGUCAACUUCUAGAGAUGUGUCUCCUUUCAUUGUGAGUAUGCAGAAGAAUAAGUGGGAUGCCACAAGAUCCUUGAGAUUCAACCAGGAUGCACAAAGAGAAGACGAUCAACGGCGGAUGUCUGAAAUUACAGGGCACCUAAUAAAGAUGAGAUUGGGUGAUUUGGACCGACUCAAGUCAAAGGAAGCAAAAGAAUUUGCAGGAGGUAUUUAUUCCAGGCUUGAAGCACAAAUCAAGGCCUCAGUGCCAGUCAGUGCACGGCAAGGCAGCUCAGAGAAAAACACAAGGUCUAAAAGCCGUUUGGGCCCAGGGCGUCCUGCAUAAAGCACCUGAGCAUAUAACUAAAAGGACAGAAGACACACUUCUGGACAUCAGAAAUUGCUCACUUGAAGAUUUUCAGAACGAUGACUUCUAAAUGUUUUAAGUUAUUUAUUAAUUAUUAUUGCAAGCCACAUAAAUUAUAAUGCUAAGGAAGUGAAUAGUUAGGUCUUAUGAAAUCUAAUGUAAAUUUGAAAUUUCUGAAAUCUGAUUUUUCUUUAGUGUAAUGCUAGGCUAUGUAGAAAGUCAGUAUUUACCCAUUGACAUUAGUGAGACUCCUAAUAUUUGUUAUCCUUAAUUUAUUUAUUUGAAAAAAAAGGAAGCCUGAACUCUCAAGUAGCCAGGAAUUUCUGUGCACUGAUUAUUGUAUGUCUUUUGGGCUAUAAAUCUUGGGACAGCCUUGAGAACCACAAUUUGUGUGAUGAAAUUCCCAGUGGAUGCUAAUUUUAAGUUUGCAUGAAUAUUAAGGAGUGACACAUCUCAAGACUGCAUUAAAUAAAGUUUCUUGGUGAGGUAUUUCCUGUGUUGGGAAGAAGGGUUAAAUUUUUUCAGUGUUAUUCCGCGGAAAGCACAAUGUUAAUCCAACUUUUUUAUCUUUUGGUUUUUAAUGUUUAUAUAUUGGUCAUCUGAGCUGGAAUUCCUGAUUAUUACCUUUUUUUUCUGUGAAACUAGUGCCAUUCUGAAUUUGUUAAAAUAACCAUUGAUAGUUAGGAUAGUAAAUCAUUUCAGUUGUAUGAGACACCCACUGUACAGUUCUCAGGGCUCUAAAAUCCACCUGUAUUUCUAUAGCCAUUCAAACAUCCCUUUAAAACAAUUAUAAUUACUUACUACUUUAGAGGUGUCUAGGAGGAAGGAGUCCCAAAUACAUUAGAUGGAUAAAAAAUUGCAUAUAUUCAAGAGAAAUCAAAAUAAAAUUCUAGUCUAUAAAUCAUGUUUUAAUUUUUCUAACCAAGCAGAAAGAGUUCUCAGGGAAAAUUUGUCCCAAACCAUAAGCAUAUAAAAAAUUAUGUGUUUGGAAAUUAUUUAUAUGUAGGUCUCUGAAAACUUUAAGAUGCACUGUUUCUAAUUUCAGUCUUUAUUUGCCUUAUAAUCGAAAUUUCUUCAAAUUAUUUAGGGAACAGACUUUGAUAAUGUGUGACAGAACAGCAAUUUCUAUUGAAAUUUUGAAGUGUUACACUCAGUAUACACAUACAGAAAUCAUUAUUUUUAGUGAGUGUUUUAGUUGAUAAACUAAGCUAGUUGUUAUUUCAUGUUACAUGUUUGGCUUAGCCAAGGUUUUAAACUUAUGUUUGGAAACUUUGUUGCAGUUUAUAUAUUUUUCAAUUGAUAUUUUUGAAAUAGAUUAUAAAAUUUCUAUUUUCUAAAGGAAACAUUUUAUAAUGCUUUGAUCUGCAAGCCCUGCUAAAUACCAGAGUCUUCCUGAGUUUACUACCAUGUUUCCCUGAAAAUAAG